GUGCUUUGAGACUCAAACAACAAUAGAUAAAUGUUGUUCCCAUUCUCCAUGAGUGAGGCUGACCAAGGACAGGGGCUAUUUUGAGUCCAGAAGAACACUCACCCUUCCUGAAAACAUUUCCACAGCAGUGGCGAAAGAGGCUGUGUGAUGACUGCGAGAGAAGGACGACUCUGGACAAGUCACAAUGUACAGAAUCCAGAAUGGAUGUCCUCUUUGUAGCCAUGCUUGCUGUGCCACUUAGCCUGGGUGUCCCAGAUGCUGGAUCUGUAGUCCUUGUCCCGACGGAACCAGAAUAUGGGGAUGAGGAAGGACUUGAGGAGGUGGAGUAUUAUCAGGUGGCCUAUUAUUAUACGAUCACCCCCAGUUAUGAUGACUUUAGUCCAAAUUUCACCAUUGAUUAUUCAACGUUUGAUUUGGAAGACAGGUUGGAUGCAUUGGCUAAGGAUGUAUCAGCAACAACAGAAGCAGUGGAGACAACCAUCAGUUUUGGAACAGAACGCAGCACAGAUCACCCAGAGCCUGUAACGGUAACACCAACCAUAAGGGAGACAAGUUCAGUUCUGGAUGGUGCCUUUCAGGAGGAUGCUGUUGAGGAUGGUGCUGUGGCUCGUCUGCCGGAUCCCGUUUCCCUCCUCCUGCCGUGGGCCCUCGUCCAGGGAGGGAUGCGUUUCUUGUAAAAG